GAUGGAGCAAGUUCUCGCGAUGCAAGCAAAAUUGGUCCGCUCACCCUCUUGCGCGGACGGGGCCAAAGGGAUGGAACACACUUAUCCUUCAGUGGCCGCGACAGUUCUGAUGCAUCUUCGCUUGUGAUAAGUCUCGAGAAUUGGUAUUUCAGACUCUCGCGGGCAGCCUGUUCCCUAGUCGAGAGCCCUGGCCUUGCGCAAACAAACACGAAAUGCCUUCCACAGUCAAGCUUGGAGAGUACCUGUUUACCCGCCUUCAUCAACUGGGAGUGCGCUCGAUCCAUGGGGUACCAGGCGACUACAACUUGACCUUGUUGGAUCAUAUCGAACCUUCAGGACUCCAUUGGGUCGGGAAUUGCAAUGAGCUGGAUGCGGGAUAUGCUGCGGAUGGCUAUGCACGAAUCAAUGGCCUGGGAGCACUCAUAACCACGUUCGGGGUCGGCGAGCUGUCAGCCAUCAAUGCCAUCGCUGGAGCAUACUGCGAACGAGCAGCAGUGGUACAUAUCGUUGGCACUCCCGAAAGAGCUGUUCAGGAUUGUCGCCUGAAGGUUCACCACACCUUUGCUGAUGGCAACUUUGACCGCUUCGCUCAGAUGCACGCCCAGAUCACAGUGGCACAGGCGAGUCUUAAGGAUCCCCAGUCGGCACCGGAGCAAAUUGACGCGAUCUUGAAGCAAUGUCUUUUGCACAGCAGACCCGUCUAUCUCCAGGUGCCGGUUGACCUGGUGGAUGCAUCCGUUGAAACUGGCAGAUUGCGGUCAGAGUGUCUAUUGGCGGACCUCACUUUGGCAGAGAUCAAGCCCACACCAGCCCAGGAUCGGGCGCUGUCAAUAGUCCUGGACAAGAUCAAAACCGCCAAGCGACCAACCAUUUUGGUAGACGGCGAGAGCAGAGCACUUCGGAUCACUGAGGACGUCCAGCGCAUUGUUCAACUCACGAAGUGGCCCACCUGGGUGACGGUAUUCGCGAAGGGUCUUGUGGACGAGACGGCUUCCAACGUUCACGGAGUCUACCGAGGCAGCUACGAUCCAAAGGCGAAAGCUUUCGUCGAUAAUUCAGAUCUUGUUUUAUGUUUCGGUCCUCACUUUAGCACCACCAACACUUUCGACACUACCAGCAUUCCUCCUCAAGCAGUCACUAUCAGCUUCACAGACAACGAGAUUCGGGUAGGCGAGCAAACAUAUCGCGACAUCCCCACCAGAUCUGCGGUGUCGCGCUUGCGACAGGAGCUGAGUGCCCUGGAUUUGGAUCUUCCGGCAACGCAGGAGGCCGAGCUACCAGGUAAAGCCCGCAAAGGGUGCUUGUCAUCGCUUCCGAGCGAACAGAGUAUCACACAAGACCGAUUGUGGCAUCUCCUCGGCAACUUCAUCCGAGAAGGCGAUAUUGUCCUGGGAGAGACCGGCACUGCAGGCUACGGCAUCCAAGAGAUGGCACUUCCACCGCAUACGCGCGUAUUUGCACCGGUGACUUGGCUCUCGAUUGGGUAUAUGCUUCCGGCGGCUCAAGGAGCAGCUCUAGCGCAAAGAGAGCUGAUAGCUUCUUCGGUUUAUCACGGUAUCAACCAGGCGCGUACUGUGCUCUUCAUCGGCGAUGGCAGCUUCCAGAUGACCGUGCAGGAGCUUGGUACCAUCAUACGUGAAAAGCUGGAUGUCAUAAUCUUCCUGCUCAACAAUGAUGGCUACACGAUCGAACGAUGUAUUCAUGGCUUGAAGAAGCGGUACAACGAUAUUGCCCCUUGGCGCUAUACGCAAGCGCCCCAUUUCCUGGGAGCUGACGAUGAUGUCUUUACGGCCACCGUGAAUACCUGGGGAGAAUUGCAGCGAGUGCUAUCGUCGCCAAAGUUCACCAGCGGCAGCGGGUUGAGAAUGGUGGAAAUCAUGCUCGACCGGGAGGAUGUGCUGGAAGGCCCUCUGCUUGAUUUGCUCCGGGAGGAACGGAAGGCAAGCUCUGGAGAAUCGUAGCAUAACCACGGAGAGCAUUCGCAGAUAUGGUUUCGUUUCAGCCUGGACCAUCCGAUGCCCUUUGUUUGGGACGAUCUAGUAUAGGGGAAGCAUAUUACAUAUUACCCCUUCAAUCGUAUAUGGCCGCGAGCCAUU